AUGGCGUGCUUGGAAGGUUCGUCGGUGAGGAGAAAACGAACAGAGUUCUGGUUCUCACGCGCCGGCAUCGUCGGUCUUAUUUUCUUCGAUCCAAACAAUGUGAAUGCGAUCGGCUGAGUGACUCUGCGGAGCCUACACUGAGCCGACAAGCCGGCUUGGUCGGAGCCAGGCUCAAUUUCCGGCAAUGACUCCGGUGGGCUGCGAGCUGUCCAGGCUCGGUAGCGAGACGUUCGAACAUGUCGAUGACCAAGCUGCACAAGACCGACAAGACCUUCACUGAGAUGCCAGUGUCGGGCUGGACUUGCUUGAGGAACUCGCUGGUAACUGUAGGCCAUUUCGACGUGACGUGCACCUCGGUAGGCAUUGUUCUGCCUGGUUUUGGGCGACAGGGCAAGACGAUCGACACCUAUUAG